UGGGCAGAAGUGGGCAGAGACCUCAGGCUGGCUAGGCCACAGGCUGGUGCGGGCCACUGGAGGGCUUGGAGCAGAGAGGGAGCAAGACCUCAGAGUGAAAGAUGCUGCCUGUGCUGUGGAUGCUAUGUGCAGUCUGGGUGACCACUGAUGCCAUCUCCGUGGAAACCCCGCAGGACACUCUCCGGGCAGCCCAGGGAAAAAGCGUCACCCUUCCGUGUACCUACAGCACUUCGGCCCCCGACCGAGAUGGAUUUAUCCAGUGGGACAAGCUUCUCCGGAGUCACACGGAAAAAGUGGUCACCUGGACGUUCAGGACCCAAGCCUACCUCUACGGCAGCCUCUACGAGAACCGUGUGAAGAUGGCCAGCAACGCCGAGCAGUCGGAUGCCUCCCUCACCAUCGAGCAGCUGUCCAUGGACGACAACGGCACCUAUGAGUGCUCGGUCUCGCUGAUGUCGGACCUGGGGGGCAACUCCAAGUCCCGAGUCUGCCUCCUGGUCCUCGUGCCACCCUCCCCUCCAGACUGCAGCAUCGAGGGAGAGACGGUGAUCGGGAACAACAUCCAGCUGACCUGCCUGUCGGCGGAGGGCUCCCCGGAGCCCCAGUAUAGCUGGAAGAGCUACGACUCCGAGCGCCAGGAGCGGGCUCUGCGUUCUCCAGCCUCAGGCCAGAGCCUCCUUCUGAAGAACAUCUCCACAGAGAUGUCAGGCUACUACACCUGCUUCUCCAGCAACGAGAUGGGGACCAGCACCUGCGACAUCACCCUGACCGUCAGACCUCCCUCCAUGAACGUGGCUCUGUACGCGGGCAUCGCGGCCGGGGUGGUGGCGGCCCUCAUCAUCGUCGGCGUCGCUGUCUACUUCUGCUGCUUCCGGGAGAAGGACGCGGCGGCUGAGGACAAGAAGGGCGCCAAGCCGGACCGGGCGGUUUACCAUAAGCCGCAGGAGCAAAUGCAAGAGUUUUCCAGAGAGAGGGAGGAGGACCACGAAGACAACGACGAAGACCAGAGGCGCCCCGGGCACCAGUCCCCCAGCCACUCCGACCAGUGACCUGACCGGGCCUGCUGCAGGCAGGGGAGGGAGGGCUCCCCCCACGCUCCCUCCCCAGCUGCUGCCCACAGCCGGCAGGAGGCAGCCCAGUGGCUUCAGAGCUCCGGCCUGGCCUGUGCGGACCAGACCGGCCCCAAGCUCCGCACCACGUGGUCAGAUCUGACCCGGGGGCAGCAGCUUCCUCUCCUCAUGGGCUGGCCCAGCUCCCGGAAGCACAGCCUGAGCACAGGCGCCCCCGCCCGGAGCUCUCCAUGGAGUCCAGGCACCGCGGGUGGAGCCUCCCUGUGGCUGGGUGCCCACCGCUGGGGCUGCAGAAGGAAGGAAGGGAGUGUGGGGGGGAUUUCCUGUCACUCGCUCCCCUUCCUUGCCGGGGCCACACACAUCCCAACCCCUGCUGGCCAGGGCCGUCUCCUGCGCCCAGCGCUUUCCCUCUCUGCCUCGAAAAAUCCUGCCGCCCCUGCAGGCCCAUCUCGGAUCACAGGGCUUGCUGAACCCCGAUUGCCCUCACACGUGGGGACAGUCCCCUUGCUUUGUCCGCAUGGGAUCCUGGGCUCACACGAGGUUCUAGUUGUGCUAGAAUCCGAGCUCCUUGGAGCAGGGCCAGGGCCUGCCUCCCCUGCAGCCCUGGGUUGCUUUGGGGAGCCUGCUCUGACAGGUUGGGCCUUCCUGAUAUGAUUGCGGACUCGGGAUGAUCCCCACCCAGGCCCCCGACUUAGACAGUUGAUUGAACUGAUUGAAAAUGAACACACACAGCUAGGCACGGGGUGGGGGUGGGGGCCAUGCCUGCAAUUUCAGUACCGAGGGAGGCUGAGGCAGGAGGAUUAAAAAACUAAGUUGUACCAGGACAAUUUACUGAGGCCCUGUCUCAGAAAAACAAAAUAAAAAAGGGCUGAGGGUGUAACUCAGUGUGAAGUCCAGGCUGCCUGCGUGACCCUCCCACUAUUGCUCCCCUUCUCACUGUCCUCUGCCCUCCCGAAGCCUGCAGAGGUGGUCAGCAGUUCUGCUCUCCCACAUCAGGCAGUGUCUCUGCCCCAGUGUCAUCCAAAUGCAGCUUACUAUUAAGCAAAUGUCAACUUUUCUGGAUGAUCAGAAAAGCAAUUCCAUAAAUCUGUGGUCCACUUGUGAUUUUUUAAA